CAACAAAAGUACAAAACCAUGUUCUCGAAUAAAAGGUGUUUCCCCCCUCAUUCUGUGCAACGUGGCAUACACAUAUACAUUGGGGUUUUUCAUUGUUUUUUUUUGCAAUGGAAGCGGAAACUCGACGGAAAGUGGAGGAGAUGCUGUUGGAUAUUCUGAAGAAAUCCAAUAUUAAAGAAGCCACUGAGUUCACCAUCCGAGUCGCUGCCUCCGAGCGUCUCGGCAUCGACCUCUCCGACACCGCCAGUAAGCACUUCGUGAGAUCCGUCGUCGAGUCUUUUCUUCUCUCCGUCGCGGCCAAUGAAAAGUCCAAAGACGCAGAGAAGAAGAAGGAGAACGAAGAUAUUGCCGCCAAAAACGACGACGUAGCGAAGAAGGAAGAUGUCGUUGCGGCCAACGAAGAAGAGUCCCGAGAGACAGAGGUGCUGCCCAAACUGAAGAGGGAUGAUCCCGAACGCGUUAUUUGCCACCUGUCCAACAGGAGGAACGUGGCGGUGAAAGAUUUCAAAGGGACAACCCUGGUCUCAAUUAGGGAGUUCUAUAUGAAAGAUGGAAAACCACUUCCUGGUUCCAAAGGGAUAAGUUUAUCUUCGGAACAAUGGUCGACCUUCAAGAAGAGUGUUCCUGCCAUAGAGGAAGCUAUCAAAAAGAUGGAAGAAAGGAUAGGAUCGGAGCCUAAUGGUAAGCAAAAUGGAGAUGUGUCAAAUUCAGUUGUUGAUGUUGCUUAUCUUGAGCCUAAUAGUAAGCAAAAGGGAGAUGCAUCAAAUUCAGUUGUUGAUGUUGCUACUCUUGAGCCUCAUGGUAAGCAAAAUGGAGAUGCAUCAAAUUCAGUUGUUGAUGUUGCUCCUCUUGAGCCUCAUGGUAAGCAAAAUGGAGAUGCAUCAAACUCAGUUGUUGAUGUUGCUCCUCUUGAGCCUGUCGUCCCUAUUGAGGUCAUCCGUUUUGAUGGGAAGAAUUUCCAAUUCUGGGCUCCGCAGAUGGAAUUACUCUUGAAACAAUUAAAGAUUGACUAUGUGCUUGAUGAACCAUGCCCGAACCCUACACUAGGCAAAAGUGCCAAGGCUGAAGACAUUGCUGCAACCAAGGCUGCAGAAAGGAGAUGGCUGAACGAUGAUUUGACAUGUCAACGCAAUAUCUUGAGCCAUUUAUCUGAUCCUCUGUACAACCUCUAUGCAAACAGAAAAAUGAGUGCUAAGGAUUUAUGGGAAGAGUUAAAACUGGUUUAUCUGUAUGAGGAAUUCGGAACCAAAAGAUCUCAAGUGAAAAAGUAUCUUGAAUUUCAGAUGGUUGAGGAGAAAGCAGUUAUUGAGCAAAUCCGAGAAUUAAAUGGCAUUGCAGAUUCUAUUGCUGCUGCUGGAAUUUUUAUUGAUGACAACUUUCAUGUUAGUGCCAUCAUUUCAAAGCUUCCGCCAUCCUGGAAGGACUUCUGCAUCAAGUUAAUGCGUGAGGAGUAUCUACCUUACCGGAAGUUAAUGGAACGCAUACAGAUAGAGGAAGAAUAUCGCUAUGGAGUAAAACGAGUGGUCGAAUAUUCUUACAGUAUGGGAGGAUAUCACCAGGCCUAUAAAGGUGGACAUAGGAGAGCUGACUAUAAGCCGGCACUCGGAAUGUGUAGGAAUAGGCCAGAAAUUAAUGCCAGGAGCGUACCCUGUACUGUAUGUGGCAAGAGGGGACAUCUUUCUAAACAUUGCUGGAGAAGAAAUGACAGACAAACUAAUGAGAGGAAAUCAGAAGAGGAUGUGCGUAUACCUACAGAAGUUGAUACUCAGGGUGCUACCCAGUAGUUGCUUGUACAAACAUGCUUUUGUAUUUUGAACCAGGGUAUACAAAACCUGUUUAUUUUUUGGGCAGGCAAGGUAGGCCUUUUUUAGGGGGUACAGGGUUUGAUAUAUGUGUCACAUAAGUGUCUCUUUUUUUUUGUGUGAGUAUAUAAGUGUCCUAAUUAUAGUAGUUGUUGAUAACUUUUUUUUUUAUAUACAUUUAGUGGCGAUAUCGUUCAUGAUUUUAAUUGGCUAUUUCAAGCUAAUGGCUAAUUGCCCGCA